CAUGACGUUUAUCUCUUACGAUAGACUUUAUCGAUGUUAGAUACAUUGGCAUCAUGCUCCGAUGAAGUGCAGGAUAUGCCUGCACUGGUUUUCUUAGGUCCGCCCGGAACAUAUUCCCAUCAAGCGGCGUUUGACGCUUUUGGUGAUUCUGUUCGUUAUGUCGCAAAGCAGACCAUCGCCGGUGUCUUCGAAUCCUUAUCGUCUGAACUGCCCUAUGGUAUUAUACCCCAAGAAAAUAGCACCAACGGGUCGGUGAUCGAAACCUACAACCUCCUACGAUGCGAAGUCGUUGGUCAGGACAGCUUUGUGAGAGGGGAGACAAAUAUACCAAUCAAACACUCCCUGGUCGUUCGCCAAAAUGUCAAAAUAGAGGACAUCGAACACGUUCUCAGCCACGAACAAGCCUUAGGCCAGUGUAAGGCGUUUUUGAAGGUGUUCCUUCCUGGAGCAUCGCUUGUGCCGACCGAUUCGACUGCGAGUGCUGCUCGUGCAUUGCUGAACCCACCAUCCGAUGGGUUUGACCCCUUGAAGAGUGCAGCGAUUUGUUCAACGGUCGUGACUUCGUUGUUUCCCGGCCUGGAAGUGUUGCGAACUGGCAUUCAGGAUGGAGCAUCGAAUACGACGCGCUUUUAUAUUGUAUCCUACGGUGCGGACGUUAGGGUCCCAUGGAAAACACCAUCUACCUAUCAGAAGCGUGCUUUAAUCCGUGUCUUACCUGACAGAAACUCAGUGGCAUGGGAUUCUUCACGAGCGAUCAAAGCACUCAACAUGCCCAUCUCCCGUAUAGACCGAAGACCAUCCCUACGUUCAACCACCUUUCAUGAUGUAUACUUUCUUGAAGUAUAUGCCGAAGAGGGAAAAGACAGUGAUAUUACCUGGUCCGAUUGUGUGAACCAGGCUGUCGAAAGAUUAAGGCAAGCAGGUUUAGAAUCCACAGUUCUGGGCGUGUGGUAGUAGUAUAGAUAUUCGUGCAGGCCAGAAUUACAAAUGUAUCUGUUUCAUACAAGCUCUACUUGCGCUCUUUUGUGUUAUAACAAAACUCCAGAAAUCCAUCCACUAAGGACGUGAAGACAAGAAAGGUAUCACUGGGAAAGAACGUGAAGUUCACGCUCUAGACUUUCCACUGAUUCGGAUAGCGGCUCAAGAGGCAGUACCGUUGAUUAACUGACCAGCUCUUUCCGAUCGAAGUAUAAAACGAGAUUUGAAGGGCAUUGGUCGGCUGAUUC